UGUUGAUGAUACAUUUCUUUCUUGGGAGCUUGCAGAGAUAUGCCUAAAUCAAUAUGCAAAGAGCUGUAGAUUUUCUUUAUGCCACAAACGUGUUGAAUAUGAUGCUAAAAGAAAUGUCCGACGAAGAACUUUUGAAUGUAGUUUUUCUAGCAUUGCAGUUCCUAAUAAAGUUAUUGAUCCAACUCAGCAGUAUCAACAGUCUUCUAAGCAACACAAUCACCCUUUGUUGAAUAAUAAUAUGAGAGCCAAACAAAUAUAUCCUUUGUUGGUCUCUAAAUUCUCUGACCAAAUUUUAUUGAAACAGGAUCUUUACAAUACUAUUAAAAAGUUUAGAUCGCCUUUAAAUAAUCAUCAUAGUGAUGCACAAAAUAUA